ACGACUGUGUUUGAUCUAAACAUAACGCGCACCCUCAAUCGCUGAUUCCUUCGUAUCGGAAAAUCAAAAGCAAGUAGGAAAGAUUCUGACACUUUUUCCGAAUUCCAAUCUUCGUCGUGAAUUUGUGCCCUAGCUCAGACGAAAAUGUCAUCUGUACUUAGAGGAGAUUCCAGGAGGUUCAACAAUAAACAAAGACCACGGCAUCAUUUGACGCCGCAGAAGAGACAGGAGAUUAAGGAAGCUUUUGAAUUAUUUGACACCGAUGGCUCAGGUACUAUUGAUGCCAAGGAGCUGAAUGUUGCCAUGAGGGCCCUUGGAUUUGAGAUGACAGAAAAGCAAAUUGAACAAAUGAUAGCAGAUGUGGACAAGGAUGGGAGUGGAGCAAUCGACUAUGAUGAAUUUGAGCACAUGAUGACGGCCAAAAUAGGAGAAAGGGACACUAAAGAGGAGCUCAUGAAAGCUUUCCAUAUCAUCGAUCAAGAUAAAAAUGGUAAGAUAUCUAUAACAGACAUCAAGCGCAUUGCAAAAGAGCUAGGUCAAAGUUUUACUGAUAGAGAGAUUCAGGAGAUGGUUGAUGAGGCCGACCAAAAUAAUGAUCGAGAGGUUGAUCCGGAGGAGUUCAUCAUGAUGAUGAACAGGACAGGCUUCCGUCACUAGUUACUAUAUCUACAUGGAGUAGUUACCUUUUGUUUGGGUUGACUAUAUGAAAAUCAGAAGAAGCUGUAUUAGUCCUAUUGUGCAAAUUGUAGGAGUCGUGAAUCGAAUGUUAUGAUUUUGCUCUACCUAUUAUGAGCAUUGAUGUAUGCCAGAGUUUAUUUGGAUCUAAUGUAAAUGGAAACAGUAUGCACAGGGCAUUUUCAACCACCUGCAAAAAUUUAUCAGAUCAUAUUAUAUAAUUUAUUUUAAAGUA